AUGUACAUAUGAGUGUAUCUCUGUGUAUAUUAACGUGUUUGACGUCUCCCACCGUUAGACAACCGGUGUUUUUGUUUACAUCCCCGUAACCUAGUAGUUCGGCAAAAGAAAGCAAUAGAAGUAGUACCAGACUAUACAAAAUUUUUGUAAAGGUACUGAGGUGAUUUGCUCAACUAAACACUUUAAGGCUGUGCUCCAGCAUGACCAUAGUCCAAUGGCUGAACCAAGUAUAAGUUUACUAACAAAACUUUCAUUUUCAGCUACUUACUAAUAUAAACAGUUGCAAUUUGAGGAUUUUGUGCUACAUUUUUAUGAAAUUGAUCCGGCAAACCUACACUCAACAGUAACCGCCUUUAAGAAAGAAUUAAAAAAAAAAGGUUCCAAUGAGUAGUCUUCGAUGACGAAAAAAUGGAAUGGCCAGAGUUGGAGGGCUAUUACUCAUAAGGACAACUGGAUCUGAGCUGACAUUGGAGUUUAAUAAACAACAAACUAAAACAAGAUACAUACAACUUCAUACAUUACAAAACUACAUAGACAUGAGAAAAAAAACAAUCAUUAUAAAUAAAGUAAAAUAAGACAAAGUAGAAAAAAUCCCUCGAAAUGGCGACAAAAAACAAUAAAUAUAAAAAUAAGGCUUCAAGUUUACUUCAGGAUAACAAAGAAAUUAUUACAGUGACAUUACGAUGAAAAAAAAUCCUCCGAUGCUUUCAUUUAUUAUUUCCUUUGAACAGUACUUUGAUCGCAGGAGCUCCAGACUGGAUAUAUUACUUUUUCCCCUAAGACGGCAGAGUUGGAUAUGAGAAGGGUUUGACUUCUAUUUCUACUGGAUCGAGUGACUAGGUAAAAGCUCUCUGGUUUCUGAAAUGAAUUUUUGUUUUUGGACUGUUAGUUUACACGUGUUUGCUUAAUAACAUGUAAACGUUCAAAUCGACAUUGAGGUUAUCCAACAAGUCAAGCACGUCGUAGUGUUGUUGCUCUGACUUGACGCUUAUUCUUUCCACGACCCUCUGAGGCAUCAUGUUUAGCUGGAUGUGCGUUAGAUUGUGUCGAUUGUCUCGUUGCACGGCUCAUUCUGGACAUUUAUCAGGCCGACUGAAAAUCACAUAUAUAAACACUAGGAAUCUAUACGUUUCGAAUAAGUGUCUUCAGAAGAAAGACCGCCUCUACCUGAAAGCAAUCUAUGAACAACGGAAGGUUCAGUUAAAAGAUUAUGAUCUUCCUGCUAAUGUCAACAGAAAAGCAAUUUUUGCCAAUAAUGAAGUACAGCUUCAGGAAAUUGAAGUUUAUGGAUUUGACUAUGACUAUACAUUGGCAUCUUACACACCAGAAUUACAUGAUCUCAUCUAUGAUUUGGGCAGAGAUUCAUUGGUCUAUAAUAGUAAGUAUCCUGAGGGCCUGCGUGAAAUGAAAUAUGAUCCUAACUUUGCUGUCCGUGGACUUCACUAUGAUGUCCGAAAAGGUCUCUUAAUGAAAAUUGAUUCUUUCCAUCAUAUUAUGUUGGGAACUGUCUACAGAGGUCUGAGGUCAGUUGUUGAUGAGGAAGUGAAGGAGCUAUAUGAUGGCACACAUGUACCGCUGGAGAGUAUGAAUACUUUCUAUGGAACGGGUUUAAUGCAUCAAUUGAUGGAUCUGUUUGCCCUUCCAGAAAUUACGCUGUUAGCAAAUGUUACUGAGUACUUCCUUCGUAACAGUAUUCCUUUUGACCCUGAAUAUGUCUUUCAUGAUGUCCGAUCUGCAGUACAAGACAUUCACUUAUCUGGUCAGCUACAUCAAGAAAUCAUGUCUAAUAUUGGGAAAUAUUUAGUUAAAGGCCCUGAAGUGUUGAUGUUGUUACAACGAUUGACUGAAGCUAACAAAAAAUUAUUUCUUAUUACAAACAGCGGCUUUCCUUUUGUAGAUGCUGGCAUGCGCUAUAUUGUUGGUCCUGAUUGGCAAAGCCUUUUUGAUGUUGUCAUCACCAAUGCAAGAAAGCCAAAAUUCUUUAAUGAAGCCACAAGACCUUUCCGUAUAUAUGAUGCUCACACUGGGACACAGUCUUGGGACCGUGUGCAUAGACUUGACAAAGGAAAGGUGUAUCAGCAGGGCAAUUUUUCACUUUUGCGACAGAUGACAGGAUGGUUUGGUUCAAAGGUGUUUUAUUUUGGUGAUCAUGUUUACAGUGACCUAGCAGAUGUUGCCCUGAGGCAUGGCUGGAGAACUGGAGCUAUCAUUCCUGAACUUGAGAAUGAAAUAGAUAAAAUCAAUGCCACAGACUACAAAGUAGCGGUCAGGUGGGGCAUGGUUCUGCAGCAAAUGAUAGAAUAUUGCCAGGAUACUACUGCUCUUGAAGACACGGAAAUUCUAAAAGAAUGGCUUCAUGAAAGAGACUUAGUGAGGGCAUAUGCCAAAGAGAUUUUCAACCCACAUUUUGGAAGCGUGUUCCGUACUCAUCACAAUCCUACGUAUUUUUCUCGGCGGCUCUCUCGUUUUGCUGAUUUAUACAUGUCUAAUUUGACCAACUUACUUCGCUAUUCAGUUGACCAUACUUUCUAUCCACGUCGGUUGGCAUUACCUCACGAAUCACAACCAUUUGCCAGUAUGUUUACAUGACAUGUGAUAUCAUAACCACUUUCGUUCUGCAUAUUGUGAUUAGCAAAAUAGGAAAACUUGGUAAGUGAUUUAGAUAUUUUAAGUUAGAUAUCUAAAUACAUUUUAUUUCCUUUGUUAGAAAAUAGCAUAAAACUUCAAAUUCUAUUUAAUGAAUGGAUACUAAAUUUAUGGAAUACAAAAUACAUAAUUUAGUUUUAAUAGUUCGAAUUCAAAAUAAUUAUUUCAUUUUUUUUUUAUUCCUUAACCAAGUUAUUACAGCAGUUAUUUUUACUUUCCUUUAGUUAGAAAUAACAGCCAAUUCUCCUUCAAGUCACAUCCUACUGUUUCAGAAAAGGACACAUCAAAUGAUAUGAUCCUGGGUUCAUUAUACUUCCAGAUGGCCAUAGCUGGAAUAAUUAUAGAUCUGCUCUAUCAGGAUUUACCUGAGGCUAAACAUCAAUACAACUAGCGUGAUGUUUCACUGCAGGUGGCUUUUACAUAGAUUUCCUAAACCUCAUGAUAUUUAGUUUCGUCAUUCUGUUUUGAGUAUUUAGAUUCCACAUGCUUUUUCUCAAAAUAUACACUAGUCAUGUACUAAUACUCAAAAAGCCUGUAUCCUCCUCCUCCUCCUACAUACUUUGUUUGUUGUUAGAAAUUAUUAUUAUUAUCAUUAUUAUUAUUAUUAUUAUUAUCAUUAUCAUUAGGGUGGUGAGCUGGCAGUAUUGUUAGCACACUGGACAAAAUGCUUAGUGGUAUUCCACCUGUCGCUCCAUUCUGAGUUCAAAUUUCACUGAGGGUUGAUAAAAAUAAGUACCAGUUGAAAACUGGGGUCGAUAUAAUUAACUCAUCCCCACUCCCAAAAUUGCUGCCCUUGUGGUAAAAUUUGAAACCAUUAUUAUUAUUGUUAUUAUUAGGGUGGUGUGAGCUGGCAGAAUCGUUAGCACACAGGAUGAAAUGUUUUGCAGUAUUUCAUCCGUUUUUAUAUUCUGAGUUCAAAUUCCACCGAGGUUGACUUUGCCUUUCUAUCUUUUUGGUGUUGAUAAAUUAAGUACCAGAGAAACACUGGGGUCAAAGUAAUCAACUUGUCCUCUCCUCUAAAAUUUCAGGCCUUGUGCCUUUAGUAGAAGGAAUUAUUAUUAUUAUUAUUAUUAUUAUUAAGGCAACAAGCUGACAGAACUAUUAAUGGAUGAACAGUAAAGUUGACCUUGGCAGAAUUUGAACUCAGAAUGUAGAGACUGACAAAAUGCUGCUAAACAUUUUGCCUGACAUGCUAACGAGUCUGCCAGCUUGCCACCUUUCCUAUAAUAAUAAUAAUAAUAAUAAUCAUCAAAAGUUGGAUAUAGUUUAGAGUUUUUAAAGUUUAAAGGAUCCCAUCACAUAGAUAGUGUGUGCUAACUGGGGCAAUCAUUGAGUUUAAUACACACACACACGGGCUUCCAAGCUUAUACAGCAGACCCAUAAGUGCUGUCCUGUAAGAGUGUUGCUUGGGGCAGGCUGCCCCUUCCCUAAAGCUUUGCCACUAAAAGGAUCACAUUUAGAGAGGAAAACCAUUAGAAAACUGGAAAAAUGUAGUUAUUUAUAUCCCAUACAUGCAACAUAUCUAUCUAUAUAUAUAUAUAUAUAAUGCUGUUGUCAUUUCAACUUUGCUAUAUGGCUGCAAAACCUGAACUAUGUCUAUAUCAUUGCGACAUUCAAAAAUUAGAAUGCUUUCACCACCAAAAGCUUCAUUCAAUCUUGAACAUCAAAUGGGAACACUAUGUGACCAACAACAAAGUCCUAGAAAGAACCAACAGUCAAAGCAUCAAAUUGCUGAUCAUGAAACACCAUCUUCGAUGGUCAGGACAUGUAACAAGAAUGGAAGAGUCAAGGUUCCCAUGCCAAGACUUACUCAACGAAAAGACCACAGGGCUGCCCUCUUCAAAUAUACAAAGACCAACUCAAAGCACUGAAUACCUCUGUACUUGAGCCUAAAUGGUUUGAAACACAAGCCUGAGACUAUACCAAGUGAUAGUGUUCCAUUAUCAUUGGAACCAAAAACUUCAAAGCCACCAGAAAAGAAAAAGAAGAAAUCAAAUGACAGGAAAAUCAUGCUUGACAAAAUUCAGCCUUGUCUUUCACCAGCAUUUCCAUGAGAUCAAUGCUAUUGACUCUUCAAGAAUUGGUCUACUUAGUCACCAACACCAUCACCAUUAAGGAAGUGUUCAGCAAAAAAGAAACUAAAUCCUCGGAUACGAGAUAAAAGCCAAUGAUGAUAUAUAUGCAUAUAUGUUUGUAUUAUGAAAAUAUUAAGGAUAAUUUUGUUUUACAAUUUGCCCCUUUCAGUUUAUACUUUUAUUUUUACUUUGUUACAUAUUUAUUUAAAGCUAUUUAUUAAAAUAAAAGCAUUUUCCAAUUUGAUUAGAAUCUCAUCAAAAUGAAAUAUCUUUACUGUAAGGAAUUCUCCAUCAAUGAUUUAUGAGAUUUUUAGACACAAGUUAACCCUUUAGCAUUUAAACUGGCUAUAUCCAGCACAAAUGUUCUACCUGUUUUAUGUUCAAACUAGUCAAAUCUAACCUCUCACACCUACCCUACAGUGUCAUUCUAAAAAUAAUCAAUUACAUCAUUGAAAUCUCAAAGCUACAAGAUAAUAGAUGAUUAAUUCAAAACAAUAUGAAUAAAUAAGCAUUAAAUUUGACAGAGUCAUCUGUAAUCUGAAUGCUAAGGGUUAAAGGAACAAAAAUAUUUUGUCUUGCAUUUGGUGAUUAUGGCAAACUAUUAUGUAUUAUGUGUUUAAUGAUAAAAAUGUGAUAUUUUGAUGGAACUUUUUGUAGUUGUAACAGUAUUAUGCUAGUCUAAAACCGGAUUAGUAUUAUUCUUUGAAGAUUAAAAUAUUUUGUUUUACUUUUUCUUUUUUUUAUAUUAAAUAAAUUUAUUGUAACUUAAGUUGUUAUCUUU